GAUUUAGGCGAUCAUGAUGGUCUGAGUGGCUCACUUUCGAUUGCAAAUAGGUGUACAGUUUUAGUAUAUAGUCAUUUAUCCUGGAUUAAUUUGAUCGUUACAACAGUACCUUCUUGUAAUCAGCUAAAAUAUUACAUCGACUACCAUUGUGCAUAAUCGGAUAAUCGAAAUGGCGUUUUCUACGAGAAGAAUGAUCAGGCGUUCUUUUAUGAUUUUGACGUUUAUUUUAUCAGCCAGCUAUCCCGUAGCAGUGGCAAACUUCAAAUGCCAUCCAAAUUCUAAUAGUUGCUAUACGCUACUACCUGAGGAAUAUAAAUAUGAAACUGCAAGAACCGCCUGUGACCAGAUCCAAGACCCCACUGGAUCGUAUCUGUUUGUACCUUCAUCUCAAGAGGAAGAGGGUUUGAUUCAUGGUCUAUUCCCAACAAGUUCAGACGAAGGCUUUUACAUCGGCUGUUGGGCGAGCAGUGAAAACUCGGGUUUCAGAUGCUACCACGAGAACCAGGAUUUUCAAUAUCACAAUUGGAAACCAGGAACAUCAACAGAAGACAGAGAGGAAAAUGGGAUUUGUAUGAGGACUGCUGGUUGGGAACUGAAAAAAGACAAUCGGGGUGUUUUGUGUGAAUUACCAAAUGUGACAGUGACGCCUUCCAUGCCUACUGUAACUCAAACGUUUCGUUCUCAUACUUACGUCGCGUCGCCAUCUCCCAAUGACUGCAUGAUGGCUCAACCCCUCUGGGUGAGUGGUUCGCUCAAGAAUGCCAGGCGGUGUGGAGUGAUCUGUAUGCAUGAUACCAGAUGCUCUUCAUUCGACUUCACCAAGGACUCCUUGGACGGGGACAGAGGGCGCUGUGAACUGUUCAGAGAAGAAAAUGGCAUGAUGACAACCAAGAUUAGAUGUCGCCAUUACACUCUUCUCAAUAAAACAUUGUAAUGCAUAUCGUAGAUAUUGAACUGACGGUGUUGAUAAUGAUAUUAAGCUCGAGUUUGUGAGUUUAUAAUUAUACCUACUUCUGGAGACAUUUUCCUACAUUUUACAUAUAAACCGGGGACGUCCUCGGUUCAGAUAACCAUGCCAUCCAAUUCCUAAAUUAAUUUCGAUCCACUUCAUUUCGUAAACUAAUGAUGUGUAAAAACUAAAGAUUCUUUUGUUAGGCCAAUCAAACUCAACUAGGAUGUGUAGGGGAGUAGGAAUUAAGCAUCAAGGUGAGCGAACAUAUAGUAAAUAUAUAUGUCCAAACAUGAGCCCGAUUAGUGGAUUUAAUUUGACAUUUUGAGUGUAUGAGACCGCGCAUGUCCCCACUUUGGCGAUUGACAAUAUUGGAGUCCCCAAUAAUUGUUAAAUUGCAAAGGUUUGUGUAUUAGUGUUGGGUUGACAAGGAUGUGUGCGUGUGCGAGGGAGAGGGGAAGGUAAAAUAUAAUUGAUAGAUUAUGAAUAUCCCCAUGAUUAUUAUCGUCAUCAUAAUUAUAGGUGUUAUAAUUAUUUUCAUCAUGACCAUUAUUAUCGUAAUUAACACUACAGUUCGUUAUUUCAGGCAAAAAUUACGUACAAAUUUGAUAUCAUUAGUGACAUAAAAAAGGGAAAAUUAUAUAAUCUAUGCACAAUUUGUUUCUAGCAUAUAGAACUUUCUUUGUUAAACGGAUGAGGAAAGAAAAUAAAAUAAAUGGACCUGCUUAUCGAGAGUCAUAUUAUUUUGAUAAUUUAUGAUUAAGCAAAUUUACAGUCAUCCGUUUCAUAGCAGAAUAGUUGAGAUAGCAAUAAUAAAUUCUGCUUUCAGCUCCACUUAAUGACACUUUCCGUUGGGAAUUGUAAAUCAUUGUCUUGUCAUUUUUGUUUGAUUAAUGCAUGCGUCUGUAUUUUCGAUGUAGUCUUUGUACGGGCAAUGGUCAUACUUUUUUUACCUGCAACGGAGUCAUAAUUCUAGUCAAAAGAUAUUUCACAAAAUUUUAUAAUUUAUCGGAUGUAAUUGCUGUAUGUUAUCGGAUAUUAUUUCGGUCACUCUUUCCUUUCUUUGUCGGAUUUAAUAAAUUUACGGAACAAAAAACAAGGAACCCAGAUUUAAAAAAAAUGUCAACCAUUCUGCGCAAGACUAUCUUCAACCUUGAUUCAUAUAAUUUGGAUCAAAAUAUCAGACAUAAAAUUCCAAAUCCAGCGAGAUGCUAUUUCCUGACCUCCUUCUUCCAGAUGUGGUCUCUGAAUACUUAACACAAAUUAAAACCUGUUUUGAAUCAUCCAGUUUUUUAAUAAUCGAGAGUAAAGCAUUGAUAUUGAAUUUAAGGUAAUGACCUUCCGUUUGGCAGCUCCUAAACACAAUGAGAUCCGCAAGUGUCUUUCUUGGGAGACAAUGAAUUAGGACGCGAUUAUUAUUAUGGACCCCGGAAAUGGACAGUAGUGUUCUAUUUUUUAGGUCUAAAAUCGUUAUUUUUCACUAUCAGUAUCAAUGUGAGUUCUUGCUUUGCUGAUAAUGGGCAAUACUAUGAUCUGAUUAUGGUCCAAUCAGGUCAAUGAAAAGCAUUGGAAUUCGGAUGACAGCCCCAUUGACCAUUGCUGAUAACUAGAAUCGUUGACCGGACGUUGAUCUGUAAUGUCUUCGAUUUCUGCAGAGGGAAAAUUCAGAGGAGUCCGAAUCGAAACGUCUGAGAUAUUUUGUGUGUGACUUUAUUCCACUCAUCAGAACAUUAAAACACUAUUCCUGAUUAUUCAGACUGUACUAGAUCGAUAAGAAAUCAAUUUGUUUGUGUGUGUGGAAUUUGCGAAUGACCAUAAUGGUCACGGAAUACAAGGGGAAAGAGAAACCGGCCUUGCUCAUUUUCAUCUUGCUCGUCUCUUCGCCUGGAGCAACCUCUUAUCCUGCUCAAUUCACGUAUGCGUGCCCAGAUGGGUGGGCACACCCCUCACCCGACUCCAACCGCUGUUAUAAGCUACUGGCCGAUGGGAGCACAAUGAAAUGGGCCGAGGCCCAGGUAGCAUGUGAGGAACCUUCAUUACCUGGUGGCUCUUAUCUCUUUGUUCCCUCAUCUGUGGAAGAGGAGAUUGUGAUGCAGUCCAUCUACCAAUCUGCAGUGGCUGAUUCUGAAAUUUGGAUAGGAUGUUCUGAUCUUGAAACGAACGCUACGUUUAUUUGUUACCAUGAGAAUGAGGUCUUAACUUACAAGAAUUGGAGUCCUGGAAAUCCUGAUGAAAAUAAGUCAGCGGAUAAACAAAAUGGCGCCACAAUGAAUAUCCAGAAUCCGACCAGUGGGUGGGUGCAACAAAAAGAAAAAUUCAAAGGACAUACUGUAUGUGAACUACCGGCUACUGAACACGCCAUCUCAUCCUUUUCUCAAACCUACGUCAUCAAGCACGACACUUCGACGGGUGUUGCGUUGCAGGACUGGUGUCAAUCGAGUACACCAAUUAAGGAACCUUUUGGUGUCAGGAGUGGGGUACAAUGUGGCGCGGCUUGCAAUCAUUGGAGAGGAUGCUACUCCUUCAACUUCAUCCAGCCUCCGGGACAGUCGUGGGAGGGGCGUUGUGAGCUGAUGGGGGCAGACAGUGGGGAUAUGCGCUAUGAGAAAGGGUGUAAAUAUUUUGUUGUUAAAGGAUAGUCUGUUUCAUAGAAACUCAAUCGAUUGACAGUUUAGAUCUAGUCUAAUUGUCUUGCCUAUCACUAAUUCAUAACCAUAUCUUUUUAGUUGUGUACAGACUAGUUGUCUUUCCAUUGAUGCCUACAAUCAAAGUGUUGAUUGUAAUAGUUUGUUUAGGUCUUGGCAACUAGAAAUAUUUGAUUUUUCAACACUCCACUGUAAACAGGUUUUAGCCCUCGCGAUUUAAUUUCUAAUUCGAGUAAGCCACAUCAUUCAGAUAUUUACAGUUAUUGAUAGUAUGGCAUGCAUGCCCAUUCAAUCAUUGCUAAUGCAUGGGCAUGGAUUCUUGUAUAUACAAAUACAAAACCCAUAAGGAACAUAUAUUUUGAAACAUUUUGGAAAUUUGACAUGAUUUACUUUCACCAUCCUGAAAUGAUGCGCAAAUUCUUUGAAGAUUAAUAAACUAAAAAUGAUAAACA